UAUGUCUUCUAGUCAAUCUGCCGUCGAACUGAAUGAAAUAGAUAAUGAAAAGUUGCCUAAAAGAGCUAAAUCUCAAUCGAAAACAUCUGGUGUUAAUAAGAAGAGUUUAUCAAAGUUAAAUCAAAAGAAAUCGUCGUUAGGCAAGCAACGAUCGUCUUCGAGGCAGGCUGUUGUAAGAAAUGGUAGAAAGUCUAAAGAUAAUUUGCGAAAAUCGAGACAAACUAAACAGACUAGUAAAAUUUCUCUUAGUUCCGUUUCGCCAAAGAUCUCUGGACAGAGUAGAGGUAGAUCCGUUGGAUGUUGUCCUUGCCUUGAUGGUGAUGACUCGGAUUACGAAAUUAAGAAGACGAGUACCAAUACGAAACCUACAAAGGCAAAGGGUCAGCGAAAGGAGUUAUCUAAGAAAGAUAUAAGGGCUUUAGAAAAAGUUCAAGAGAAAAUCAUGGCAGCGAAAGAGAUUCAAAGAAAUGCUAAAGCGCAAAAGGCCGCUGAAGUAGUUGAAAGUACGAAAACUAUUGAGGCUAUCGUGGAGAGGAGGCAGGUUGAAAACAAUGAAAAGGCAGAGGACGGAACAGAGGACAACCCACCUGCUGAAACUGAUAUUACAAACGGUAAUCAGAAUGAAGGAAGCGAAGCAAAUCCAUCGAUGACGAGUGGAGAUCAAUUACCGUUGACUGAGACUGAGGAGACUAUCCCCGAACAGCUUAGAAAGGAUAACAAAAGGCAAUUUGAAAGUAUCGAAAAGAAACAGGAACUUUCGCAACAAAUCGAAAAGAGAAAAACUCUGACCGAGUCUAAUGAAUUGGAAGAACCCUUUUCUACAAACGAAGAUGUUGUCAUCUAUCAACAACAAACCAAAAGAAGAAAUGAUUUGAUUCCAUUCUUCUUAAGAAAACAACCAAAGAACGAAGGGAAGAUGAACCGUCACAUCCUAGAUAAUUGGUUUAGGGCUGUUGACGAUAGCGAAAAUAUUCCAACUCACACGAAUACACUGUAUGAUGAUAAAGAUUUGAGCGGAUUGUUAGACGAUGUUGAUGAAUUAACUGUAUUAUUUAAAGCGAUAAAUAGCUUAUACAAAGAUUUAUCUUCCAAAGAGCAAAAGCUUCAUUUUGAACUAUCUAACAUGAAAGACGUUAGGAAACAGUUACGAGAACUAGAGCAAGUGUCAUCUCUAGGUAGAAUUAUGAGUGACAUUUCCAACUUAAAACAGAGUAGCAUGACGAUAAAGGAUCAACCUUCUAAGAUGUCCAAAACGUCGUCUAGGUGGAUGAGGCCCAAGUCCGCAAUAGAGAUUAUUCAUAAUUUCUCCAAGAAGUGGAAGGAUACGUCUCAAAACGAUGAACAACUAUCAGUUAGAGAGAUAUCGAAAACUCCUUUAAUAGCGACAGAGGCUUCGGAAUCUUCCGAUCAGGAUAUUGAACCAACAGCCCCUGUGAAGAAGGGUAAUCCUUGUUGGGUUAUUGCAAGAGAUAGUAUGAAAUCAUCAGAGUUUACAUCUAAGAGAAACGAUAUGAGAGAAGCCUUUCUUAAAACUUUAGAAGAGCAUAUAGAAUAUCCAGGACCCACUUUUGGAAAAUAUCGUAUGCCAAUUGCAAACUUUAGAAUUCCAAUUCCAUUACCAAAUUCAUCUUCUGUCGGUAGUUUUCAACUUCAAGAAUUAUAUAAACAGCAUUUUGCAUCUCUGGCAUCCAAUACGGAAACUAGAUAUUUUCCACCUUUAAAAUUUAUAAAUGCCAAUCAUAUUUCUAUUGCCGUCAACAAGGAAACAGAGGGUAUUGCUCUCCUGGGAGUUGGUGAAAGGGCUGUUGUUGCUGGAGGAUAUUUACAAAAUUCCGAAAUCGGUUCAUUCGAAACUUUUAUAGAUCAAUCAAAUUCUGGAGUCAUAAAUUCUUUGGUCGGUCAGUGUAACUCGGAAGGUCAUGUUGCGGUUGCCAUUAAAAUUUAUAGAACAGGAAUACCUAGGGCUAGCGCUGUUGACUUUUUAAAAGAAGCAGUAAUGUUAAACUAUGUUAGCAAGAGUGUAAAAGCUGCCUCACCCCAAUAUUUGGGUAUAGUUAAUCUAAACCCAAAUUCAAGUUUCUUAUCAUUCGGAUUAGUAACUUUACUCAUUGGGGAACCGGAAACCUUUGAAGUUGUUACGUUAGACCGCCUUUUAUGGCAGGAAAUUCAAUCUAGAAGUGAACAUAAGAUUGAAUUGGACAAUUGGAGAUGGAUAAAACUUUUAUUAAAUUUGGCAAAAGUUAUCCAUAGAUUACACAGAAAGUUAAUUAUUGUAAAUAACCUUAAAAUGAACUCUAUUGUUAUGCGUUACGUUCAAGGAAAAGGUUGGACAUCUCCCAAAUUAACAAACUUUUCAAAAGCAUACGCCUCGGGUGGAGUUGGCGAAUGUAUUCUUAAUAAGAAAUAUACGGAAUAUAUAAGCCAUAACAAAAUGUUUAAUGAGGCAAAAUCCUUCGAAACUGACAUAACCGCUUUAGGUUGUGUGAUUAGAGAUGUAAAUUUAUCGUUAGGUCUUGGUUUAGAUGGAAUUGUUGAAUAUAUACAACCGUAUACACCUGCUAAAGAGUAUUGGUCAACUUGCGAAGUCAUAGAUGCUUUAGAAGGAGCUAUGAUAGAGGAGCGUAACAAUCCUAAACAAUUAUUCAGCGUGUUUAAUAAUCAAAUAAAUAAAUUGAAUACUAUUAACGAACUUCAAAGAAAAACUGAGAAUGAUAUAACAACAAUUGAAGGAGUUUUUGUGGAAUCAGAUCGCAAGGAUACUGUAGUUAAAGUAGAAAAUGAAAAGAAUUUAUGUCCCUUAUGUCCUUUUAAAUUAGGCUUUGAAAUAAAAUAUUCAGACGUCCUCAUAAUAAGUCAAUUUUUAAAAGCCGACGGACACCUUCUACCUAGAAGAGCUACUGGCCUUUGCGAGAAAGCUCAAAGAAAAUUACUAUUAACUGUUCACAAGGCUCAACGCGCCGGUUUAAUGCCUGAAUUAAGACCCGAUUUAAAGGAUGGAAACUUAAGAACAAGCGUUAAAAGAAACUAUAAAUGGCAAAAAUAUUAUACAUAUUACGACUGCUAA